CCAAUUGCAUGCACCGCCACCAGUUCGAUCUCUCUUCGAUGGCGCGGACCGAUUCACUUGUUCUUCCGACGGGCGUCGUCGCGCUGGCGCUCGUCGUCGGCAUGCUCCAGUUGGCUGCGCCGCCUCCGUCGGCCAGCGCCCAAACGCUCGGGUGCUCGCUGGCGCUGUCUGGCCUCUCGCCCUGCGUCAGCUACCUGGUCGGCAACUCCUCGUCCCCGACGUCGGCGUGCUGCUCGCAGCUGGCGGGGCUGAUGCAGACGCAGGCGCAGUGCCUCUGCCUCAUCCUCGGCGGCGGCAUCUCCCAACUCGGCUUCAUCCUCAACCAGACGCAGGCCUACACUCUCCCCGGCGCCUGCCGGAUCAGCUUCUCCGCCGGCCGCCCCUGCCUCGGAUUCAAUGCGCCUGCUCCGGUAGGGGCACCGGCCGGAGCUCCGGCGGAGGCGCCUGCCCUCCCACCUGCUGCUCCUGCCGCCACGACGCUAGCUCCGACGGUGGAUUCGACUCCGACGUCGAUACCAAAUGCCGGAGAGCCAUCUCAAGGGAAUGGUUCGAAGACGACGGGACAGGCAUCGGCGGCGAGGAGAACCUUCGGAUUCACGCCUGCUCUGUUCUUCUCCAUUGUCGCCGUGGCUUCGUAUGCUUGGAUUUGAAUUCGAUUCAGAUUUUUAAUUGGAGUUGCUUUUGAUUCUUGUAUUGGAUUGUUUGUGAUUGAUUGCUAGAGAUUGAAUAAUAUUACUUUUCAGAUUG